ACAAAAUUUAAAGUGAUAUGAAACAGAAACAUUCCGCAUAACGAUUAUCGAUCCUAGCCUUUGUGUGACUGAGUGCAUAAGAAACAUCCAAAAAAAAAGACCAAGAAAAAACUUCUAGCCAAAAUGACAAAAAAUAAAAAUCAAAAAAAGAAGGCGGCCGCUGCAAAGAAUAACAACAAAAACAAUGAUACCGGUACUCUGCCCGAAAUCUUGACACCCCCGGCAACGCCGCCGACGAACAACGGCGUCAAAGCCCCCGUACCCCCCGGUACCUACGCCAAUGGAAUGCCUCGGAAGCCCCUGGUGCCGUGGGAGCGCGAGUUCAUCGGAACUUUUCUCCUGGAAAUGGCCGUUCGACAGGUGAUCAGUGCCCAGACCGAGUGGUAUGUGGAUAAGACCAAGUUGCGUCAGAUGUUUGAUGCCCACUUGGGAGGCCUCCCCAAUAGCACCGAAGUGCGCCUAAAGCUCUCCAUUCAGGGAGCCUGGAAUAUUGGAGCACUGCUGCAUAGGACCAACUUUCUGAUCAACACGCCGCGCGGAAAUAAUAACUAUCGCAUCAAGAGCUUCUCCUUGAUGGACUUUCGCAAGGAGAAGUUCAAUUUGCUCGAUGAACAGCACCGUUUGCGGGAUGCCAUUGCCAGGCCCAUCAUUCCCGGAGCUCCUGUGGAGGGCGACAAACCCAUAACCGAAGAAUAUAAACUCGAUACGCAGGCAACGGCUACGCUUCUGAAAUACCAAAAGACGCAAGUGCAGAAACCGGACAAAGAUUUCGAGCUAACCUCACUGGGUUGCUAUAUCUGCCAGGUGAAUUUCGAGACAAUUGAGAAGUAUGAGGAGCAUGUGGAGUACCAUGGCGACGAAUCCGAUUUCAAGUCCCUCGAAAAGAUGGAGAAGUUCUCUUCGCCCAGGCUGACACUCUCCUAUCAGACCUGCGUGGACAGUCACUACUUUGGAUUCACUUUGAAGACCGACCUCAAGGAUUUGGUGGUGAACAAGUUCAUCAUAGUGCAGUCGCGGCAAUUCUACUACGUGUAUAACCCGCAAAUGCCACUAGAUGUUCCGGCCAGCGGGGAGCUUGUCUUCUUCGUGGACUCGCACGUCUUCAUGAUCCUCCGGGAGCAGCCCAUCGUGAUCGGGUUCACCAGCCAGGGGCAGAGGUUUGUGGAGCAGCACCACUUCAUGCGAACGGAGGCGCUGCCCAAGGCGAGCUUCAACAUCAAUCCGUACAGGCUGUCCAACAACGAGACCUUCAAGAGCAAAGGUCUUCCGCCAGCCAAUCCGCCCACCCAGGUGGUCAGUGCCCUGAAGCACGAGGACGCUCAGGUGAGGUUGGCGGACUUUGACAAGCACUAUCGCAACUACUGUGAGUUGGGCAGGAAGAUCACCCAGGAGAAUCUCUGCGGAACAUUGCGCACUUUGCUCCAGGUGGAGGACAUCGAACGGCUGCAGCAUUAUUUGGACCUUAAGCAAACCAAAAUGGAGCUGCAUCAGUUCGGACGAGAGCUCUCGGUGAAGGUGCGCCUGGCUACCAAUAAUUUGAGCGUGGAGGAUGUACUCUCCCCUGGCGACGAUGUGCUAAUCAUUAACGAGAAGGGUAAUCCGGAUUCGGGUGUACGCCAGCUGUUGGAUAACAAAAACCAAGUGCUGGAACUGGCACUCAAGGAUUUCGAUUCCAUCUUGCAGUGGGCCCGAAGUGUGGACGAGAAGUUUGGACGGCUGGACAAGCAACCGCGUGUUUACUUUGCCCGCAUCCUUGGUGUCUCCACGCAGCGGGUGAAUAUCACGUGUGAGCGCCAGUUGCCAGACAACACCACCUACACCCUGAUCUUCCGUCCUCUGCGGGCAGUGAUGCGCUAUCAGUACCGGGCACUCCAGCAGUUGUCCCUCACCAGGGCCAUCGAUGUGCAGCGGAUCCUUUUUCCCGGUGAAAUACCACGCCAGUCGAUUGCACGUGGCGCCUUGGAGCUGAACAACCGGCGCAUAUCCAGUAAUCCUGAGCAGAUGCAAGCGGUUCAACAGAUAGCGCUGAGCCAUAAGCUACCGGCUCCGUACAUAGUUUUUGGACCACCGGGAACCGGCAAGACGGCAACCAUUUGCGAAGCCAUUUACCAGUUGUAUGUGCGUCGACCGGAAACGCAUAUCCUGGUGCUAGCUGGUUCUAAUACGGCAUGCGACGAGGUGGCGCUCCGACUUCUAAAGGCCAUCGCUAAGGCUCCGGAGAGCCAGCCUCGACCGCUCACCCGUAUCUUUUCCGCCAGCUGCGAUCGGCGCAUCGACAAUAUCGACGAUCUGCUGUUGGAGUACUCCAACAUGUACGCCCUGCACUUUUAUCCGGCCGUCCAGGCGGUGCAUCAGUAUCGGAUUGUCGUCUGCACUCUCAGUUUGGCCGGUAAGCUGUCGACCGGAGGAUUCGCCCAGGGGGACGUGUUCUCGCAUGUUUUUGUGGACGAGGCUGCCGCUUCCACGGAGGCGGAGGUUUUGAUGGGCAUCACCUGCACCUUAUCGCCGACAUCGAAUCUGAUCCUAUCCGGGGAUCACAAGCAGCUAGGACCGGUGCUGCAGUCGCAGAGGGCCAACGAGUGGGGUCUGGGCCAGUCGCUAUUCGAGAGACUGAUGCAGAGGAAGUGCUAUCAAGUGGACGAGGAUGGCAGCUACAAUCCGGCUGUGCAGACUCGUCUCAUCCGCAACUACCGCUCCCAUCCGGAGAUCGUUUCGCUUUAUAACGAGCUCUACUACGGCGGAAAACUACGGGCACACGCACCCAUGGAGAGUGUAUGCCGUUUUCAAAACUGGUUUCACAUGCCCAAUUCUGACUUUCCUAUCAUGUUCCAUUCGGUAUUUGGCACUACAAUGAACACCAAAAGCUCUGUGAGCCUAUGCAACAAUAAGGAGAUCGAUGCUGUUAUGGAUUAUGUCAAGGACCUUAUGUACUUCGGUCUCAAUGGUGAGAAGGUGUCGCAGACGGAUAUUGGAAUCAUAUCACCGUACAAGAACCAGUACCAACGCAUCCAGGAGCAGUUGGACAUGCGCAAUUGGUCGCAGAUAGAUUGCGGAUCUGUUGAGCUUUUUCAGGGCAAGGAGAAGCAGGUGAUCAUAGUGUCAUUCGUGCGCUCCUUUACUCCCAAGCUGGGCUUCUUGAACAAUGAACGGCGUCUGAAUGUCCUGCUCUCGCGUCCGAUGUCACUGCUUAUUCUCAUUGGGAAUCCACGAACGCUUAGUCAAAACAAUGAUUUCCGGCGCAUAAUUGAGAUGUGUCGAGAUCGCAAGACACUUGUUGGAUGCCCGUACUAUCGCGAGGAUGUGAAUCCGAAUAAGCAGAACGGGCAGCACAACGGCCAUGGAGGCCCAGCUGUGGAGCAGCCUGCAUCUGGUCUGGGACAACCCCUAAAGCGAACUGCCAACACAAAGAAUCCAGCUCAGGCCGUUCGUCUUUUUUACAAUAAGGAGGAACUGCUUAAGCUGGGCAUUGAGUGCAAGCCUCAGAAAUCGGAGCUGGACAAAAUAUUUGAUGAGUUGCCGAAAGUUCCUCGCUAUGUGGAUCACAAUUCGGAUGCAGUUCGUUCAAUAGAGGCUCAACUAAAGGAUUUAAAAUUGGAAAAUACGGAGAAAGCCCCAGGUGUUUCGGAUUCAGUUGCAAAGACAGUUACUCCUGCUCCACAAUCUGCUGUUGCACCAAAACAUGCUCCUCAACCUGCCUUUGCAGCCAAGCCUUUGACACAACAUGCUGUUGCACCCAAGCCUUUUACACAACCUGCUGUUGCACCAAGGCCUGCUCCACAGCCUGUUGUUGCACCAAGGGCUGCUCCACAGCCCGCUGUUGCACCAAUACCAUCUGGCCGGUCUUCUGAAUCCCAGAUUCCUUCAUCUUCCAGACGUCCGGUAGUCAAGACAUCCGAACCCUUGGUUAUUCCGACUUUCAAACGACCGGAACACAAGGUGCCAGAUCCUCUUUCCAUACCGCCAUAUCGUUCGCAAAAAUAUAUUAACGGAGUGCCAUGUGGCAUUGAAUUGCCCAGCGCUCCGCCAUUGUCGCCGCCAAAGACCAGGUCCUCGACUUACAGCCACAUUCCGAGUGGCAACCUACGGUUCGAGAAUAUGCGUCGCACGCCCGAGGAGUACCAUCGUCAGCCGCCCUUCAACGAGCAGCGCCGUGCGCCGCCUUUCCACGAGCCGCACGGUAACUGGAACAAUUUCGGCUGGUCGCCGCCACGAUCUCCUCCAACGCCACCACCGAAGGAAAAGAAGUCGAAUUGCGUCAUUUCAUAAUUGUAGCUUCUGUAAAGGCUACUUCAUAUCUAUGGGGACAGUGCGGUUGCUUGGCAUAACAAGUGACCGUGUGGUCCUCUUUUUGACUUUGCUAUUGGCAAUUGUGCGAUCUGCGAUCAUCCAUGCGCCAAGUAGCAAUACAACUUACCAAAUAGAUUUGCACCUGAUGUGCGUCCACUGGAAAAGCAGGUCCAGAAGAUUGGUUUACCCUGAACCAAAAAGGCUAACCCAAUCUUCUGUUCUGCCUUUUCCGUUGGGUCGCAUCAUUUGCGAAUGUAAUUGAUUCGAGAAAAGACAUGGAGCUCUCAAAGUGAACACUUUUCGGUUGUACCACCCCAAGGUUUUUGAUUUAUGCUAUGGAAGCGAUUCCUUAGUAUAAGCCGCAAAUCUUGUGUGCGAUUCAGUCUUCAGGUUUGACUUUGGGUGUUUUAAAAUAUAUAAUAAUUAACUCAGAAGGGGGAUCGAUAUAAUACUAAAUGUAUCCCCCACAAAAAUAAAUAUGUAAACCGGACCAUUGAAUUUCUGUAACCGUUCCAUAUCUAUGUAAGACUAUAAGGACUUUUUAAAAUAAGUGCCAUUCCUUUGUAAUCUGUCCUUCCACGGAAGGAAUCAUACAAAUUAAGGAACAUUGCUAAUGUGCUCCGCGGUUUAUUUUUUUAUCCAAAUAAUAUGUUUCAUUUAAAUAAACAAACAAAAGUGUCUUAAAGCAUUC